CUAUUUCUGAGAGCUUUCAACUUAAACUUAGACCUUUGAAUUUCACAAUUUCAUUGACAUGCAGACAUCUUUGUCGCAUACUUAAUCAUCGCGUCGCAUCGCAUCCUAUUCUCGACUGUGGCCUACCUUCUUACUCCGACCAAUUUUCAAUCUAACUAGACAUCAUGACGGGGCGACGCGACUUUCUAAGUCAGCCUGCGCCCGAAAACUACGUUGCCGGUCUAGGACGUGGUGCGACCGGAUUCACAACACGCUCGGAUUUGGGUCCAGCCAGAGAAGGACCGUCCGAAGACCAGAUCAAAGAAGCCCUCGCGAAACGAGCAGCACAACUAGGAUUCAGCGAGGCAGCAGCAACAGGAGGCAAAAAGGAAGAAGAGGAUGACAAUGACGAACGAUACCAAGAUCCAGACAAUGAAGUCGGUCUAUUUGCCGGCGGAGUCUAUGACAAAGACGACGAUGAAGCCGACCGAAUAUACCGGGAGAUAGAUGAGAAGAUGGAUAAGCGACGGAGAGCUAGAAGGGAAGCCCGAGAAAAAGCAGAACAAGAGGAAUAUGAGCGCAAGAACCCGAAGAUACAACAACAAUUCGCCGAUUUGAAACGAACGCUAGAAAGUGUUACCGAAGAAGAAUGGGCGGCGCUGCCCGAGGUCGGUGAUCUUACCGGAAAGAAUAGACGAAGCAAACAAGCGAGGCAACAACGCUUCUAUGCUGUUCCAGAUAGCGUAUUAGCUGCUGCCGGAAGUUCUGGCGAGCUUGGAAGCACCGUGGUUGAUGAUGGUGGAACAGCGACUAAUAGCAGUUCGAGUACUCAGGAUGGAACCAUGACAAAUUUUGCCAAGAUCGGACAGGCCAGAGACAAAGUUUUACAAGUUAGGCUCGAUCAAGCUUCACAAACCGGAACGACUGCAUCUGGAAGUGCGACGAGCGUUGAUCCCAAAGGCUAUCUAACGAGUCUGGCCAAAUCUCAAUUACCCGAGAGUGCGGCCCAAGUAGGUGACAUCAACAGGGUUAGGGAAUUACUUGAAUCUGUCAUCAAAACCAACCCGAAUAAUGGCCCUGGUUGGAUAGCAGCAGCUCGUCUUGAGGAACUUGCUGGCAAGAUUGUAGCGGCCAGGAACGUUAUAGCACGUGGUUGUGAUCAUUGUCCUAAAAACGAGGAUGUGUGGUUGGAAAGCAUUCGACUGAACGAGCGCCGUAACGCUAGAAUUAUUGCCGCAGAAGCCAUCAAGAAAAACAAUCGUUCUGUGCGAUUAUGGGUUGAGGCGAUGAAGUUGGAAGAUGAUACAAGAUCUAAGAAAAGGGUAAUACGGCAAGCUCUAGAUCAUACACCUGAAUCUGAGGCCUUGUGGAAAGAAGCAGUCAACCUAGAGGAAGAUCCGGAUGAUGCGAGAUUACUCCUAGCGAAAGCUACAGAACUUAUACCCUUAUCGGUGGAUCUAUGGCUGGCUUUGGCCAGACUCGAAACGCCGGAAAAUGCGCAGAAGGUGCUGAACAAGGCCCGAAAGCAUUGUCCAACAUCUCACGAAAUUUGGAUAGCAGCCGCGCGAUUACAAGAACAACUUGGCCAGGGAGAAAAGGUCAAUGUUAUGAAACGUGCUGCGCAAGUUCUCGUCAAAGAAUCUGCGAUGCCCAAGCGGGAGGAAUGGAUUACGGAGGCGGAGAAGUGCGAACAAGAAGGUGCCAUAAUUACUUGCGGGGCAAUUAUCCGAGAGACUCUGGGUUACGGCCUCGACGAGGAUGACGAUCGCAAGGAUACCUGGUUAGAUGAUGCACGCGGAAGUAUUAAUCGGGGUAUGUACGAGACUGCCCGAGCUAUCUAUGCAUAUGCACUACGAGUACUCCCUACGAGCAAAACGAUAUGGCUAGCAGCUGCGGAUCUCGAAAGGAAUCAUGGAUCAAGGGAAGACCUGUGGCAAGUUCUUGAGAAGGCUGUUAAUGCAGUACCUCGUAGCGAGGUUCUGUGGAUGAUGCUUGCUAAGGAAAAAUGGCAAGCCGGAGAAAUCGACAAUGCGCGCCGAGUGUUGGCGAGAGCUUUCCAACAGAACCCAAACAACGAAGAUAUCUGGUUGGCAGCCGUCAAACUUGAAGCGGAGAACGGGCAUAUCGAACAGGCUAGAGGCCUUCUAAAGACGGCCCGUCAAGAAGCUCCAACCGACCGUGUCUGGAUGAAGAGCGCUGCCUUCGAGCGGCAAUUAGACGAUCUCGAUGCAGCACUUGAUCUCGUCCAACAGGCCCUCAACCUCUUCCCUGCCUCCGCUAAACUUUGGAUGAUGAAGGGCCAGAUCUAUGAAGAUCUAGACAAGCCUUUACAAGCACGUGAAGCUUACAGCACAGGAGUCAAGGCAGUACCAAAAUCAGUUCCCCUUUGGUUGCUGUACUCUCGUCUAGAAGAGAAGCUCGGCCAGCUUCCUAAAGCCCGUUCCGUACUCGACCGAGCGCGGCUCGCGGUGCCUAAGUCGGCGGAGCUUUGGUGCGAGUCAGUUCGCGUGGAGCGUCGUGCACAAAACACAAAACAAUCUGAAUCACUGAUGGAACGAGCGCUACGCGAUGUACCGAAGGCGGAACAAGGUAUCCUCUGGAGCGAAAAGAUCUGGCACCUAACAGCACGCCCACAACGAAAACCUCGCGCUCUUGAGGCCAUCAAGGAAGUCGACAACGACCCGACAUUACUAGUAGCCGUAGCGCGUAUCUUCUGGGGUGAGCGUAGAUUAGAGAAAGCUCAGAGUUGGUUCGAGAAGGCGCUAGUGCGCGACUCGGAUCUCGGUGAUAGUUGGGCGUGGUACUAUAAGUUUUUACUGGAGCACGGCACCGAUGAGAAAAGGGAAGAAGUCGUGAGUAAGUGUGUGAGUGUCGAGCCUAGGCAUGGCGAGGUUUGGCAGAGGAUUGCGAAGGAUCCGAAGAAUGCUAAGAAAGGCGUUGAGGAGGUUUUGAAGAUGGUUACUGCGGAGCUACAAUAAAGAGAUCGGGACCGGGGGGAAACUGCGUUAUUAGGAGAUAUUGCAAUUAAACAUUGAUAUCUUGGAUGAACAGUUACUGUUGUUGAUUUGCUCCAGUCUUCUAGUUUCUUUGUUUCUAGGGGCCGCAAUGCCAUUAGAAGCGUAGUAUCAUAACCGAAAGGUCAUCUAUCUCGACCCGCUCAUACCCAUUCAUGCAAUAGAAAAGACGAUGAACUAAAUGUAGAUUGAGCUCCUUCGCAAAUGACUUGAACAAUAGAACUUUUAGGUAUCUAGACAUAGCGCGCUCGACAUCUAAAUGAUAUACAUUCCCAAUUAUAUAUACAUUCGUCAAGUAUUCAUAGACUCAUAUAAAUCCACCACAGCUCACCCAAAGAACAACUCGAUGGGGAGGUGGUGAUAUAACUGAUAAUCGAACUCUUGGCUCCAUUCGAGCACGAAAAAUUUCGUUAAUGCCACUACAGCUUGGACAUCAAGUUCUUCCUCUUCUUCACUGUUCUUCCGCUCCCUCCGCCAGAAAUUCACCUCAUCCAACUUCGCCACAUCCCAAUCUCCUACAUACGCCUCCACGAU